AUGUUUGCUGCCACUGUUCUCUCCCUCCUCUCGGUUCCAUUGGUCGCAGCCCUUGCGCCAGGCCUUACACUCGAGUACUCAGUAGAAUUACCUACACAGGGUAUCUUCAUCUCCGCCGAUGGACGCAAGUUUCUUUCCCAGCGCUAUUCUACCACCUUACCACCAAUUACCGUAGAGCUCCUCGCCGACAACACCACAGUAUUGUAUCCUGACGCUUACUGGAACUCCUACAACGCCAGUGAUCCGAGCUCCGACCCAAGCCUUCAAUUUGUUAGUAUUGAUGGUGCUAGAAUUGGACCUGAUGGUCGUUACUGGUUGGUUGAUGGUGGUUCAAGCGGUGUCAAUGGAUCUACUAAGCUAGUAGGAUGCAACCUUACCACCAAUGAAGCAGACAAAAUCUACUAUCUCGACAGCAUCAUUGCUUCCAACAGCGGUAUCGACGACGUGCGCUUUAGUGCUAGUGGGGAAGUCGCCUAUCUGAGCGAUACUGCUGGAGCUCUCGUCGUUUUGAACAUGACAACCGGAGAUGGAGUUCGUGUUCUUGUUGACGACCCAUCUGCCGUUGCAUGGUUCCCUAUGAUGUACAACCAUACACUUGUUCCUGGCUACGGUGCUGCAGGUAGCACACUCGCUGUUGGUCUGGAUCAAAUUGAAGUUUCCCCCGAUGGAGUCUAUCUCUACUAUCAACCAUGCAACGGAGGACUUUACCGCAUCGAGACCGCCUACGUUGAUGCUGCAUUGACCAAUAGCACGCUCGCUGCAUCUCUCGCCGACUACACCACCGCUUUUGCCUUAACACCCAGUACCGGCGGAACUACUAUAGACGGCGAUGGAAACGUCUAUGUUUCCGAUACCAACUUGCUUGCCAUCUGGAAAGUUACUCCUGAGGGAUAUGCAUCUAUUCUUGUUCAAGAUGAUGCUUUGCUCUGGACUGAUCUUAUGUGGGUUACUUCCGACAAGAAAUUGUGGCUUCCAGCUUCUCAAAUGAGACCUGGUGGAAAUGGAUUGAUGGCCGAGGGUCCCAAUAACAUUUUCUCCUACCCCAUUGACGCUGGUCCAUCCCCAAUUGACCACGCUUAA